AUGUCCGCGCCUUCUUCCUCCUUCCCAUCGGGCAGCCAGCCACCUCCGAACCAUGGCGGGGGCGUCACUCCUGACCCGUCACGCGUCCACCUCGGCCGCAAUGCCGGCAAAUUGGACCCCAUUGAGCACCCGCCUCUCCCCGUUGCCCAAGUUGGCGCUGCCAACCGGGCGGCCCAGCUGCGUGGCAUCGCGCUGGGCCUCGGCGGUGGUGUUCUCUCCGCCUUCAUCAGCCGACGGGCCCUAAACCUGUCCAAGAACGCAAGCUAUCUCUCGGGUCUACUGGCCGGAACGGGCGUCGCGUAUAUCACAGCGAGGCAGCAGCUCGAGCACAAUCUGGGGGUCGUCGAGAGCACCGAGAAAGGAUUGAGGGGGACGUUGCGCCCAACUGGGGCAUCAUCAGGAGAACCAGCCAGCGCACAUGCUACGGAUAGCGAUAUGCUCAAGUAUGAUUUGCAGGCGGCCAACGCACAGGCGCACGAAGGAGGCGUUGGUGGGCUGCACGAGUUCAGGGACAAGUACGCUUCCACAAGGGGUGACCACUGA